CAAUGAGGCUCCGGUGAGAGAAUUCAAAUAUGAGCUCGUUCUCCUCUUGUAGUCUUUGAGUUUUCAAAGACAGAUGCACCACUAGGUGGUGAUAGAAGGUAAAGUGACUUUGAAAUUGAUUGUUGCGCUGGAAAGCACAGCACAUGUGAAACUGGAGCCCAGCGGCAGGUUUGCAGGACUUUCGCUGGAUCUGAAGAACUAGGAGGAAAGUAUCUUGCGGCUCAGGCAAACAUCCUGACGGGUCAAGCAAAGAGGUGUCGAGCUGGUAACACCCACCACGCUUCCCAGGCUCAGUCAUCAGGGGUUCAGUCUCUUCAAGAGGAACCUGCUUCAGUCACCAACACAAUCCCAAAGCGUGGGUCGCAAAGAGGGACCAUGAGAUCCGGAUAGUUUUUCCUCGCAGUGUUUGCCAUGCCAGACACGAACAUCCCACAAUUUGGAAAGAUUCUUCUGACUUCAGGAAGUCUUUGAAGGGUAAAUUGCAUUAGACUGUCAGAAGGUUGAAGUGGAAGCGAAUAUUCAUAGUCUAUAUAAGGUAAAUGUGUCGGGGUUUUUUUUAUUCGUUAAGUAUACAUUAGUGUAUUUAGCAAUACGAUAGCAAAACAAAAAGUGGAUGAAAAAGGAGCGAUCAAAAACUCUUCACAGGACAUGCUCUAUCAUCUCAACGGAUUACCGACAGCUCAGUCCUCUUAAACCGGAUGCUCAAAAGGAAUUAAAUCACUCAAAUUGCUUCCUCGUUGGAUAAGAUCACAAUUUGCACUUAACAUCAACAGAAGCGUCAUAUGCUGAUGGCUCAACGGUACGAAGACCUUGCCCACUAUGGUGGCGGUAUGGAUGGAGUUGGGGUUCCGACGUCGAUGUACGGGGACCCGCACGCGCCUCGGCCCCUGCCGCAGGUUCACCAUUUGAAUCACGGGCCACCGCCACAUGCCAACCAACACUACGGGGCCCACGCACCGCACAGCAUCAUGCCCAGCAGCAUGGGCUCGGCUGUCAACGACGCACUUAAAAGAGACAAGGACCAAAUUUAUGGGCACCCGUUAUUUCCUCUGCUGGCGCUGGUGUUUGAGAAGUGCGAGCUGGCCACAUGCACGCCGAGAGAGCCCGGAGUCGCUGGAGGAGAUGUGUGCUCAUCCGAUUCAUUUAACGAGGACAUCGCUGUGUUUGCCAAACAGAUUCGGGCAGAGAAGCCGUUAUUUUCUUCUAAUCCAGAGUUGGACAAUUUGAUGAUUCAAUCAAUACAAGUAUUACGAUUCCAUCUUUUAGAACUUGAAAAGGUGCACGAGCUUUGCGACAACUUUUGUCAUCGGUAUAUUAGCUGUUUGAAGGGCAAAAUGCCCAUUGACCUGGUAAUUGAUGAACGGGAUGGCUGCAAAUCCGACUUCGACGACCUCUCGGGAUCCUCGACAAAUCUUGCAGAUCACAAUCCAGCAUCCUGGAGAGACAUGGACGACGCUCACUCCACUCCCUCAGUCGGCACCCCAGGACCCUCCAGCGGGGGACAUGCCUCUCAGAGCGGAGAUAACAGCAGUGAACUAGGAGAUGGCUUGGAUAACAGCUUGGCAUCUCCGGGAACAGGGGACGAGGACGACCAGGACAAGAAACGGCAGAAGAAGAGAGGAAUCUUUCCCAAAGUGGCGACCAACAUCAUGCGGGCGUGGCUCUUCCAGCAUCUCACGCACCCCUACCCAUCUGAAGAGCAGAAGAAGCAGCUAGCACAGGACACAGGCCUCACCAUCUUACAAGUGAAUAACUGGUUUAUCAAUGCUCGAAGAAGAAUCGUGCAGCCCAUGAUUGAUCAGUCUAACAGAGCAGUAAGUCAAGGAACCGCUUACAGCCCCGAUGGUCAGCCGAUGGGCGGCUUUGUGCUAGACGGCCAGCAACACAUGGGUCUUCGGCCUGGCGGUCCCAUGGGAGGUAUGGGUAUGAACAUGGGCAUGGAUGGACAGUGGCAUUACAUGUAAACGCCUCCCAGCUUCCCAAACCAUAAACGUUUUGAUGGUGGCCUCAGGAAUAGUCCCAGUGCCGGCCGGAGGCAUGAGGAGUCACGUCAUCAUAUUCAUCCUCACCUGAUCACGCCCCUCUUCCAGUCACCUCCUCACCUCUCAAAUCUCCCACGGACCCCCUCAUCAUCUGGCCAUCAGAUCUCCAGCCAAAGGACCUUCCAAAGGAGCACCACCUUAAACAAAAACAGACUUGAAGCAUUUGUGCCAAAAGAGACUUCUGAAAAGACAAUUGGAGAUCUUUUCUUUUUAAAUUAUUUAUUUAUUCUUGUUAUGCCGUCAAGAAGCACGGGGACCACACCAUUUGUGCACUUCUGCUCAACCGUGGCCGCCCCAAAUGCGAAUAUUCCAUACCUCCUCGCGCACAAGUGCACAUGCUCAUAUUAAAUGUGGAAUAUAGUAAAAGAUGCUAAAAGCCCUCAAGAACUGAAAUGUGAGUGUAUGAUGAGUUUUUUUUAUUAUUAUUUUGGGAAAUGUUCAAUGUUUGGGUUUGUGUCAUUGACUAUAGUUUUAGAACUUUGCAUUUAUGAUUCCUCAAAGUUUGAGGGAAAAGAAACCACUCGAAGGGAUCAUUGUGGCACACAUCUGACACAAAUUCCAGUAUCUGAAACCACAAAGUCUUCCCCACAUGAAGUGUUUUGAAAAGCAUCACUGAGGAAAUGAGUUGUGCGUUUAUUUGUUGAAUUGGUGAGCAACAGUGCUCUUGUAAGGCUAAGUAUGCCUGGAGGAGUUUUUAAACCACUAGAGAUGUUCCAUUGUACAUAAUUAUGUAAAUGUUAUUUGUAAAACACAUCAAUGUCAAAUAGGCAUUCAGUCGAGAUCCUUUAAAAAUGGAGAUGGGACAUUGUUGUACAUUUUGGGUCCGUUCUCGCUCUUGCUUUUCUCUAUGGAAAAAGUCGAUUAUAUGUUUGUUGAUGUACUGAUAAGUUUGAUCGAUCCUCCCGCUCUGUCCAUUUUUCCUUUUAGGAGUCUUUUAAAGCAGUACAGUAUUUCUACACAGUCAAAAGUCGAAUUCUUGUAAUAAAUGCUUCAUUUUCAAAAUGUUAAA